AUGGAUUCACUUUAUUACUCGGCUCCCAGACCAUUCAACAAGUAUCCACGUGGCUAUAGACCGGUCACCGAUAGCACUCAAGAUUUGAGAAGUUUCGGAGGCGGACUUCGUCCGUCAAGCAGUUGGUCAUCGUUCCCUCAACAACUUGUCAGUGACCAGCGGUCAGCGACUCUUCCACGCUUUCCAUCUUCAUGCGUAUCACCAGCCUCCCCUAUCUCACCAAUAUCCCCUAUUGACCGCAAUUCUCAUUAUUGGACAGCCGAAGAACCACCAAGAUCUCGUCGACCGAUUCGUUCUGAAAGUAAUUCCACUGUAUUCGAUAACAAUUUCUCACCCCGAGAGUUGUCUCCGUUAUCCAUUUCAAGUGAAUACUGUAACAACCCUCCACCGGUCCAAUCUGUAAGUAUGUAUGGUCAUCGGAGUGUUCAAAGUCCUGUCCCCGCGUAUCAAGAGCCACCACCAAGAGGCUAUGAUAAUGUGCCAAGACCACCAGUUUAUGAGCCACAAACUCAUACAUUGCCGACGCAGAGGGAAACUGAUUUUUUGCGAAACUUGCAACGCCAAAAAGCAGAAGCACAUAAUAUGUCUUCGAGUUGGUAUGCAGGUGACCAAUCUUCUCGUCAACCAGAUUGGAGUCCUCUUUCGACUCAACAACAUCCAAAUUCUAGUCUCCCAGCUAAUCAGCAACCAAGACGAUUAGCAAAAACUCAAUCAGAUUUGUCGUUUGAUUCUCUUAAUAACACGUAUUUCAAUAACACUUCCACUCCAAACACGCCUACUAGUAAUAACGGUGGUUUAUUACACAACUCUAUCAAUAACUUCUCAACUGGUACCAACGGGGCCCAAGGACAUCGAAUGGAUGGAUUCUUUCGAAAUCGUGUUAUUGAACCUAACUGGAUGACUGAUCCUCCCCCGCCGAAAUCUUUCCGUGAAGAUUAUAUUAUUCGAAAUGUCCCAAUGAACACUACAGUGAAUUCGGAUUUUGAAAGAUUCCGUCUGGAGCCAACGUAUCGUGAGCCCAAUCGUGCUACUUCUGUGGUUACUGAUCCAUCGAACUUCCGUAGUUACCACCGUGAUGGUCCAACACAGUCUUCGGACCAACAAGUCCAACCUCAAUCUCAGCCACCUCAACAACCUCAACCAUCUCAUUUUGAUAAUCCCUACCAACGAAGCUCCAACCAUAUCCAACAUCGUGAACCUAGCCCUGUUGUCUCUCCACCUAUCAUUUCUUAUGCUCAUCAACCGAAUCCGUUCUCGUUCCCUAACCCUAUCAAUCAAGUCAGCUACAACCAAGAAACGAGCCUAUUGAGAGCAGGAGCAGGCGGCGGGUACCAAGACCAACGGGUCGCACAAGGGUCAACAGAUCAAGUCUAUCAGAAUGUUCCAACGGUGGCUGCGGCUGCAGUUGCUUUUCGUGAAAAAGAGCGGCCAGCUAGUCAAUAUCUUGAGUCAAACAGAAACUCCGCAGUUUUUCAAAAUGAACCAAUACGGUUAACCAAUGAUCGUGUACUUCGUAUUCAUCCGCAUCAACCAGAACAAGAUCUUUAUCAUCAUCAAAUGCCAGAAGAGCCAUAUUAUCCUCCACAGCAACCUGUUCAACAAUCUCAACGUGCACGCAUUCAGUCCCCACUCCGUGAUUAUGCUAGACUCACUUCCCCAAUCCGUGAAGUUGCACCCCAACCAUCUCAACCAGUCCAUGUCCAACCCCAGCAACAGCCAAAUCCAGAUAGGAUAUUUAGCCCUGUUGAGUCGAAAGUGUUCAACCGAUCUGGUCCAACUGUGAUCAAUGGCUUCACAAGUAACCGUCACACCUAUAACAGUCAUACAGAUGAUUAUGAUGCCAGGAACCGACGUGACUCUUCGCAACCUCCAGUAGCUGUCAUUGAGCCGAAUAUCAAUGUGCACAUGCCAUCCGAUCCGAUUCCUUAUAAUAAACCACACUUUGGCCAUGGACAUGGUCACACGCAUAAUCAUCAUCACGGUCACAAUGUGCACCCAGUCAAACCCACCUCCCACUAUUCUAACCCAACUUUUUCACCCAACUCAAAUUACGAAAACGACAACGACAGUGAUUUGGAUAUUGAAGAAAUGGCGCGGCGCGCACUUCCAAAAUAUCUUCGUGACAGCGAUAAAACGGGAAGACAUCGAAACUUAUACGGUGAUAACUUGCACGGGAUUCUCAUCAAAAACCCAUCACUUCAUCGGAGUUCAUCGAAGAAAGUUGUCUUUAUUGAUCAAGAUAAAGCUUCUGCUGCUACCGCCGGUUCGGGAGAAGUUCCACCUCAUGUUCGUGCCUAUGAUGACGCUAUCGAGGAGCCUCUUAGUAACUGGUCUAAGUUGACCGACCAACUUGGAGGGGAUCUUGCUGCUGUGAAACCAAAAGUCUUGGCUAUUUUCGACAGUGUUCGCAACUAUCUCUGGACCGCUGCUGGAAAACCUGAGCCAUCUGGUGAAGAGGCUCAGAAGAUGCUCUCGCCAAUCGUCAAUCUUCUUGGAGAAAUCAAUAAUUUCAAGGAGACUAAGAGAAAGACUCCACAAUGGAACCAUCUCAACUCAAUUGCUGAGGCUCUUCCAGCUCUUGGAUGGCUUACUGUGAAAAAGACUCCAGCUCCUCAUGUCAAGGAAUAUAUUGAGGCUGCUCAAUUCUACAUCAACCCAAUUCUCCGUGAGUUCAAGGAUUCUGAUCCGCGCCACGUCGAAUGGACCAAAGCAUGGAAAUCCAUCUUCGAAGAGAUGCAGAAGUUUGUCCGCCAAGUUCACACCACCGGACUAGUCUGGAAUAGUGCUCCUGGUAGUGUCCCAGACUCGUCAUCAUCUGCUCCAUCAGCUCCACCAGCACCAAGAGCUCCAGGAGGCCCCGGUGGACCACCCCCACCACCUCCACCACCACCAGCUGAUUUCCUUGCUAACAUUGCUCCACCACCAGUUGAUGCUGACAAGGCUAAUCGUGAUGCAUUGUUCGCUGCUUUGAACCAAGGAGAGAAUGUCACUUCCAGACUAAAGAAAGUCACUUCUGAUAUGCAGACUCAUAAGAAUCCAGGUCUUCGUGGAACUGCUCUUGUUCCAGCUGCGCCCCAACAGGGAGGUGCUUCAUCGGCCGCCCCAGCAAGAGCCCCAGCUGCUCCGGCCAAGAAACCACCACAUAAGGAAUUGGAAAAUGGAAAGCAAUGGAUUGUGGAGUACUUUGUCAACGACCCAAACAUUGUCAUCGAUGUUGCCGAUAAGAAGCAGACUGUCUACAUUUUCCGUUGUGAGAACUCUGUAAUCAAGGUUAACGGAAAAGCCAAUUCGAUCACUUUGGAUGGAUGUAAGAAAACGUCGGUGGUCUUUGACGCUUUGGUUGCGCAGUGUGAGACUGUCAAUUGCCAAUCUGUUCAAAUCCAGACCCUCGGAGAACUUCCAACCCUCUCUAUCCAGAAGACUGAUGGAUGCCAAGUCUACCUUUCCAAAGCUGCCCAGGCUUGUGAGAUCGUCACCUCAAAAUCCAGUGAAAUGAACAUUUCCCUCCAAACUACCGAGGACGGUGACUAUUCCGAGUUCCCAGUUCCGGAGCAAUUCAAAACGACUUUUGUCAAUGGAAAACUGGUCACCGUCGUUUCGGACAUCGCCUAA